CCAGUCCGCCAGUGUGACAUGUAACCUAACCGGCGUCGGGCGCGUCACAUCAUGAGCUGGGCGUACGCUGGCCUGCCCGUUUCAUUCAACAUCUGUAACGCGAAUACUUUAAUGAGCACGUGCCUUUAAUUAAAAUAAUGACCGUAAUUUACUAAUACAAUGUACAUGCAAGACCAAGACACCUUCACUGUAAAGCAGGAAGAAGAGUUCAGCAGACCAGUUGAGUCCAUCAUGCGAUGUGAGGACUUCAAAAGCAAUUUUGCCAGAAGACUUUCCAAUCGUUACAUCUCCAGAUCACCCAGCUCGAGCUCAAAGCAGGACAGUGCGUUAAAGCUGCGACCACCCCAGACAACAAAUACAGAAGCAAACCCCGAUAAUGUUCCAGAAAGAAUUGAGCCUAGUACUCAACUUUCUAAAAAUGUCGAUAAGGAGCAAACAUCGGAAGUGAGCAAGUCCGGGGACAAAGCACCGCCGCUGGCGACCCACUCUGCCAUGCGGCACACCGAGGUGACCGCGCUGCACAUGGAGGUGGACACCCUGCGGUGGCAGCUGGCGCAGACCGAGGCGAAUCGACAAAUGCACAUAGCUUUACUCAACCAAAUAGUUACUUUCCUCAAUAGAGUGAAAGACCAUAUCGAAUGUCAUAAAACCGACUUCAAUGAAUCCAAUGAAAAUAUGAAAGAUAUUUCCAAAGAAAGGGCACUACCGAGAUCGUUUAAUGCUGCAGAUAUACCGCGCUCUCGGUCAGUCGUACACGUCAACAAACAUGUAGAGUAUUCUUUGCGUCCCGCUAAGAAACUUGGAACAAGGAAGAUCAGCAAGUCAAUAAGUAAUGUUAAUGGGUAUAAAGACUGCAACAGCACGUGGAACCAAUCCAAAUUAUCACUGACUUCAGAUAGUGGUAAUUCCCAAAAAAUCACGGAAGAAAUCUCACGGCUAAUUACUCUUGCCAAUACCGUACUAAGUACUAAGCUGCCCGAUCUCGCCUGUAACGAUGUUCAAAAUAACUCCAAUGACAAAAUAUUUGUGAGUAAUGAUGAUAAAAACGAAUCGAUUAAUUCCAACACCAGCACAGUGGAUCUAAUCACACAAAAUGUAUCUACAAAAUCAUUUUUAAUAAAGUCAGUCAGUUGCAAAAAUUCGGAUCUUUAUGAAGACUUACCUAGUUCGCUGGUAGAUGCAGAAGACGAUGAUAUAAAAGAAUUCAUAAUGCCACUAUCAACGCUAAAUUGUGACAUCGGAAACGAAUUUGCAGAGUUAAAGAUUGCAAAAGAAAAGCAGGACAAUAUUUUUGAAGAAAAAUCUAAAUUGAAAAAUAGUAAAUCUUUUUUGUGUAGCAAGAAACUAGAUUAUAACCAUGCCGUCAGUAAAUUUACGGAAGAUGAAAGCGGUUUUUCAUCAAUGAGUUCUUUUCAAGAAAUUGGCAUUCCAAUAAUAAGCAUAAUACCUCCAUCACCAUGCAAGGAAAUGGGGUAUGUUGAUGAUAUCCCCGAAGACGUAGAAGAAACAGGAAAGUGGAAAAAUGAAAUUGAACUAAAUAAACAAACUGUAAAAGUGUUUUGGGUGUAACUAUUGUACGUACAAUUUUUUUAUUUAUUAGCCGUAUGCUCAGACCAAAAAAUCAAGGGACUUAUCUAAGGACGCGUCGUUAUGCGAGAAAAAUAAAACAUAUGUAAUAAUUGGGCAGUUUUAAAGUUUUUUUACAAAAAUCUUUUAUAUCUAAUUCAGGUUUCAAGUUUUUCUUACUCGUAAUCGACAGCACGUUCAAAGUUAACAAAGUUUGGAUGCAAUUAUAUGAUGCAAUGCCUUUUAUUACAUAGUUUAGUAACUUAACGAAAUUUGUGUAUUUUGUUAAGAACCUAAGAAAUACCUGGCAAUCGCUGCCACAGUAGCCAUUCAUUUCCAUUGCAGUAUCUAUUGUUCACCUUACUAAUACUAAUGAGAGUAUUUUGACGAACUAGUUCAUUUGACGGAACUAGGUUUUGUUUUUAAUAUUCCUUGUACGCGCUUGAUGAACAGUAAACUCAACUUGAUGCACAGUUUUAUACAAAAAUGCUAGACAUUUUAUCCUCUAGCUAGAUCGAAUACAUGUGCUAACCAUUCUGUUUAAGAAUUUAAUUCUGAUCUGAAUAAUUUUUUAAUUCUGAAUUACAGAAUCUGAAAUUAAUAAAAUGUACUUAUGUUCUGAAACGCGUUCAAUUUUCAAUUGUGUUUAAUUUCUGUACUGAAUUUGAUAAGUAGGUAAGGUUUAUAUUUGAGAUCUUAAUCAGUAACUUACUUAUAAAGAACAUUUAUAUUUACCUUGUAAACUAAUUUUUAUAUUAAGAUGGUUUCAAAUUGGUGAAUAAAUGUACAAUAAAACGAUGUCGUUAUAAUUUAAUUUAAUAAAUCAUUUAAAUAAUCGUGA